GUUGUUGUGGUUUUUGUUGUUGUUGUUGUUGUUGUUGUGGUUUUUGUUGUUGUUGUUGUUGUGGUUGUUGUUGUUGUGGUUGUGGUUGUUGUUGUUAUGGUUGUUGGCUGGGUCGGUCCCUUCCUUCAUCAUGGUUGAUUUUGUCAUUGGGCUAGAGUCUUAGAUUUCUAGAUUAGCCCACGUUAUAAGUUUAUAAAAUGUCUGGUCUUUGUUGUAAACUCUUUGAUGUGUUAUGAAGGAAUUUUAAGGUAAAAACAAUUUCAAUUCUGCUUCGAUGUUUUGAUAAACCGAACUGGCAAGUUCAAUCCCAGGUAGGUUUUGAUAAGUUGUUUCAUUCAUCGUCGCAAUUUCCUUUCUCUUUCUAUCUCCCUCUCUCGGUCCUUUCUUUCUCCGUGUGAUUUCUUUUUGGUAAGAUUUUUCUUUCCCGAAGAUUUAAUUAGCAACCAUCUCCUUGUCCGAUGGAGGAACUACGGUUGGGUCGACUUAGUAUAGAUGACGCCAAGGCGUUGCAAGAUGAGGAGCCUGAGGCGACAAAGAUCGAAAGAAUUGCAAGGAUAAAAGCUAUUAUCGAGAACGGUGACGAAAAGUCUGACAUGCAGAUGGUCGAAUUACUGAGGCAACUUCAUGAGAUGAAAAUGACGAAGGAAAAUCUAGAGGAUACAGGGAUUGGAUUAACCAUUGGUAGGUUGCGAGCUCCGCAUCAAACAAUGGUAGUUCGGAAACUCUCUGAAUCAAUUAUCGAUGAAUGGAAAAAAAUCGUUGAUAAAUGGAUGAUAUCUCAAUCUUCUAGGAUUGCGAGCCAGCCAAGAGAGCCAACAAGCCUAGGACAACCAAGAAGCAUAGUAAGACGCAAAUGAUUGUGGGCGAGUGAAUUUCUAAAUCAAAUAACCAUCUGGAUUGAUAAAAAAACAGGCAAACAGCUCAACAACUCACCAUUUUUUUUUUAAUAACUAGAGCUUUCAUUAUAUGUGGAUGGUGGAUGGAGCUCAUAGUUUAUCCAUAUGUUGCAUGUUUUAGGGGCAAUGUGAAUGUCCAUGUUACCUGAUAUAACUUUUAUUAUUAUGACAUAUUUUUAUAGUUGUUUAUGUGUUAUAUUUGUUGCACAAUAUUCAUACCUU